AAUAUAAUCAACAUUUAAACGUUGUGUUUGUUCAUUAAAAACAUAAAAUCAUUAAAAUCAUAAAAUCAAAGGAAUUCGUGUGAAUUCUUAUCUAAACCCAGUAAACAGUGCAAGGACAAUGACUAAUUAUUUAGCCUAUUCAUUUAUUUAUUUAUUUAUUUAAAUUAAAUUACUCUAUUAAAAAUAACUUUUGGUCAAUUGUCAUUUGGUCAUUCCGGGAGACCAACAUUUUUUUUUUUUUUUUUGCUAAAAUUUGUAAUGCAGUGAUGGCCAUCUAAAACAUUUAAUAUAGCACAAAGAGAAAAAAAAUCCAGGAUCUAAACAAGUUCUUUGAUCAAGCCUAAAUCGAUUUAACUGUUAAAUUUCGGAUCCAUUCAAAACUGCGCAAACCUGGACAGUUCCAUCGACAGACAGCAGUUUAAAGGACCCUAAAAUCUGUCCUUUGUGUGCAUGCGUCAAACAAACCCGCUGAAAACGUUACAGUUAAAUUCACGUUUUAAUUGUCUGAAAAGGUAUAGUCUCAUCUUAACUGUCACCACCAGAGGGAACAUGACAGAAUGGGACAGUCCGCCGGGUAUAUAAUCACAAGCACACCCAUUUUAGACUCCUUUAGUUGUGACGAAGAUGAGCUACGGAUCAGACAACUACAUGUCCUCAUCCUAUAGAAAGAUAUUCGGGGAAACCCCUCGUUUCACCGGCUCCACCUCUAGGACGAGCAAUGUCUCCUCGAGGAGCUCCAUGUCUUCCAGCGGCUUCAGGUCCCACUCUCUCUCCCGCAGCAGCGCCUCUCCGGCGGGCUACUACAAGAGAUCGGGCCGGUCAUCGUCCUUCUCGCCGGUGCAUUUCGACAGCGUGGAUUUCUCCCAAACGGCCGUGUUGAACAACGAGUUUAAAAUCGUGCGCACCAACGAAAAGGAGCAACUGCAGGGUCUCAACGACCGUUUCGCGAUGUUUAUCGAGAAGGUGCGCAAUCUGGAGCAGCACAAUAAAGUGCUGGAGACUGAACUGGUGAGUCUGCGCCAGAGGCAGAACGAGCCGUCCAGGCUGGCUGACCUCUACCAGCAGGAGAUCCGGGACCUGCGAGCCCAGGUGGACGAGCUGAACAAUGAAAAAUCACACAUUCUCAUCGAGCGAGACAAUAUCGAGGAGGACUUGCAGAAACUUCGGGGCAAGUUUGAGGAUGAGAUCCGAGUGCGCGAGGAGGCAGAGCAGACGCUCAGGUCCUACAAGAAAGACGUGGACGAUGCCACCAUGGUGCGCGUGGACCUGGAGAGAAAGGUCGAGUCCCUCUUAGACGAGAUCAACUUUCUGAGGAAAGUGCAUGACGAGGAGGUGGCGGAGUUGACCGGCAUGAUCCAGGCGGCGCAGAUAUCCGUGGAAGUGGAGUUGUCCAAACCGGAUCUGACCUCGGCCCUCAAAGAGAUCCGUGGGCAGUACGAAACCCUCGCGUCCAAGAACCUGCAGUCGGCCGAGGAAUGGUACAAAUCAAAGUUCGCCAGCCUCAACGAGCAGGCCACCAGGACCAACGAGGCCAUGAGAGCCACAAGAGAGGAGAUCAGCGACUACAGGAGACAACUGCAGUCCAAGACUAUUGAGAUCGAGACCUUGCGAGGCACAAACGAGUCACUCGAGCGACAGAUCCGCGAGAUGGAAGAUACACACAAUGCCGAGGUCGCAGGUUAUCAGGAAACAAUCGGGCAGCUGGACAUUGAUCUAAGAAAUACCAAGAGUGAAAUGGCCCGUCACCUCCGGGAGUAUCAGGAUCUUCUGAACGUCAAGAUGGCAUUAGACAUUGAAAUUGCAGCAUACAGAAAGCUACUAGAAGGCGAAGAAACCCACUUCAGUUCUGGGGUGACAUUCUCCAGUGCCCCCAGCAUCACUUACGGGUAUCAGAGCCGCUCCGCUUUCACCUCAACCCGCAAUCCCAAAAAAGAGAAAGAAGAAGAGGGACACGGCAAAUCCAAGGCAGGAGACAAGCGGGAGGAAAACACGGCAGAAACCGCUGUGAUUAAGAAAGCAGAGAAGAGCGAUAAUGUUGAUGUUAACUCAAAUUAGAAAGUUACGGUUAUUAAACCAACGCUUCUCUAGAUAAGCGGUCUUUGGGGCGUUUGACAGUAAUCACUAUUAGAUCAAAUCUGCCAGUUGUUGUUUAUAGUCAUCGGUGACGUGUUUAAGAUAUUGUAAUUGUGAUAUCUUGUUUCAAAUACUAUAGCUGCAAUAUGCUGGCUUAAUAUUUCAGAACUUAGGCCUCAAAUAUUUCCUGUGUUUCUAAAUUGUAUUUCAGUCCUGUUCAUGGAGUAUAAAUAUGAACUUAUUAUAUUAGCCAGCAUUAGCACUGAUUCAGUGAUUAUGGAUAUAUUCAUAUUUAGGAAAGGAAAGAACUCUGGCAUAUUACGAAUAAGGGACCAAACUGCUGAAUUAACUGUAACACAUGUAUGCCUUAACUAUAAUAAAGUCAAUAACUGAA